AUGUCCAAGCCGACACUAACUUUCGUCACUGGCAACGCCAACAAGCUGCGUGAGGUCAAGCAGAUCUUCGCGCUCUCACCCGACUUCCCCUACGAGCUCACUAACAAGGAUCUCGAUCUGCCCGAGAUUCAAGGGACCACACGCGACGUUGCGCAGGCCAAAUGCGCAGCUGCUGCUAAAGCGCUCGGCGGCGCUUGUAUCACGGAAGACACUGCACUUGGUUUUCACGCUCUCGGAGGUCUUCCUGGCCCCUAUAUCAAAGACUUUAUGAAGACGAUCGGACACGACGGAUUGAACAAGAUGCUCGAUGGAUUCGAAGAUCGCUCUGCUUCCGCCAUCUGCACUUUCGCAUACUGUGCUGGCCCAGGCGAGCAAGUGCAGCUGUUCGAGGGCAAGACCGAAGGCAUCAUUGUGCCUCCUCGUGGUCCGACCCAUUUCGGAUGGGACCCAAUCCUAGAGAUCAAGAACACUGGGCUCACUUACGCCGAAAUGGACCCAAAAUACAAAAACACACUCUCGCACAGGUACAAGGCCCUCGCGCUGUUGCAAGAGUACCUCGUCAGUCUCGCCGACAAGUCAUAG